CAAUCUAGAAGAGAGCGCAUGUGUUUUAUAGCACAUUAAUGAUCACAUGACUGCUGUCAUUAGUAAAUGACUAGUCUCACUUAGUAGUGCACAUGAUGACACCUACUGGACACAUACAUACUUACUUCAAAAUAACACACCAUCUCUAAAUACUGCAACAUAGUCAAAGCUCCUGUCAUACAGAGGAUCUUUGGCUGGCGUUUUUGUAGUUGGACCUUAAAAACAGAAGGUCACAACCCAUUGGUCUUUGCCAAAAACUAAAUAAAUAGUGGAAUGACCUGAUGUACCUUUUUUGUAAUUUUACCCAUCAUCCACAAUACAAUGAUGUGAAAAAUGAACACAUAUUUCUUUCCCUUAUCUGUGUUCUAAAGAGAGAAAAGACGUUAACAUGAGGGAACUAACAAUGCACGUCAUGGGACGCAACUAUUUCGAUUAUAAAGCCCUCUAAAAAACUCUAAUUAACAGGUGCAUUCAUGAUAAACAUGUAAUACUUACAGUAUUUUGUGUUAUUUUUAUUAUAUUAAACAUUACUGGAACUUCCUUCCUGGUCUCAUUCAUAGCCCAUUGAUAGGAACGAACGCUACUUCUGUCAACAACAGCAGCAAAGAAACGGCGUGUCGGUUUGCUAUUACUUAUCAUGGCAGACUUUGUGAGAGCCUCCGCCACCGAUGACUACUUUUGGACAAAUGAGGAACCAGAACCUUAUCUUUUGAGGCUGAAUAUUUGGAGGAUGAGCUAUAGGUUAUCAGGGAAGACGGCCCCUUACCCCCAUUAGCCCUAGUGCUAAAUGUUUCAAGAAUGAAAGCCAUCACUUGUCCGCUCUCAUUGGGAUGGCUGUAUCUUUCAGCACAGGACUUGUGCUACCCGUUGAGCUGGUAAAUUCAACAUAAUCCUCAGUAAAAAAAAAAAAAUGCUGAUGGCCAACGAGCAUCUUGUUGAGUCUUCGUAGCGAUGACGUCGGGUCUAAGUUGAGAGCCGGUAUACACUUUUUCAAUCUGCCCCAUUGUUUAGUUGGUAGCGUGUGGCAUCUCAAAGUUGACCAACUUUUCGGCUCAUUGCCACAACCUUCUACAAUACACGUGCGAGGCAUGACUUUAGUGUUAUAAUAACAAUAUACUACACUAUACACUACUACAAUACUGCUACAAUAACAAUAUCGCUGUAGCUUGGUUUAUAUGCAGGUCAGUUAUGCAAAUGUAACAUUGUUGGCGUUUUUUGAGGCUUGUUUAUUUAUUUAUUUAUUUUUUUUUUAGGGCUUUAUAGUCGAAAUCGGUGUGUCCCAUGACGUGAAUUGUUUGCUCCCUCAUGCUAACUCGUUUUCUCUUUCUAGAACGCACAGAAAAGGGAAAGAAAUAUGUGUUCAUGUUUCACAUAAGGAUUGUGGAUGAUGGGCAAAAUUACAAAAAAAGUGCAGUUUUCCUUUAAGGCGCCGUCUGUCCAACACACAGCUAGAUAGCUACAUACUGUAUCUACUGGAGAACAGCGUGCCAUAAAGCGGAAGCGCACGUUGUGUUGCUUGGGGAAAUUCCACCCACAUUAAAGACUGGCAGGUAAAAUAUGAUUGUACUGAGAGGCGUUUCAUGCCCGAUUUGAUCGAUGAAGCCAGGCAGAGGGGUGGUCUAGAACAGUGGUUCCCAAACUUUUUACAGUAUAUAUAAAAAUACAUACAACCAAUGAUAAAGUCUAAUUUUCGAGGGGAAUCCCCACUCACAGUGACAGGUUUUCACCACUGCCGCGUGCAGGUAUUGGAACGCUAAUAUAAAUGAAAUCUUCAAUAUUUAGCACUCUCAAUGCACAAAAUAAUCAUCAAACUCACAUUUGUUCAUAUGACGCACAUAGAGCAAUGAAUAACUUCGUGCUGUCCCCUUUCUGCUCCGUUGUCUUUGCGCCGUGAGGCGUUCAGGCGCACUCUUCAUUUUGAGUGUGAAUUGUUUUUCAUUUUUAUUCACGUACCCAUUACAGUUGGCACACCCCACUUUGGGAAACUAGAAUCUACAAGAAAUGGUCCUCCUAUUAUUAUCAAGCUUAAUCAGAGCAACACGCCCCGCUUGAUUUUUAACUUCUUGUUUCACUUUUCAUCCAGGUCCAUGUCCAACUUCGAUUCAACUCCUCGGAUAGAACAUGUACUGAAAACCUUUAAGCUAAUCAUAAUUAUGAUGAAACUUUGAAACGGCGCUUAGCAAGGGCUUCUGCGCACGUGUGUGUUGCAGGGAUGGGGCGGGAUGUAAGGCUUGCAACAAAAGUUAGCACCCUGUAGGCAGCCACCUCACCGCUGCAAACAGUCCCAUUAAAUUUAAAAUUUUAGUAAAUAAAUGUAAUUUAUAAAAUUAAUAGUACGUUUAAGAAGUUUGAGUUCAAAAUUUUGUCAUUUGGAGUCAUUGCUUGUCAUUGAAGGGUGAUGGUUGGUCCCGCAGCAAAACCACUGACGUAACGGAUCUUGGAUCCUAAUCAGGCAGGCUCGUGGGCGUGGUCACAGCGUACCCCGGGCAGGGGCGGUGGUGGUGUGUCCUCAUUAACACACUUCUGUCCUAGUGUGUGUGUUCUUGUUACUGUGCGCGUGCGUGUGCAUGCCCUCCCCGAGGUGGAUUAUGAGCAAGCAGGCUAACGGCAUGGCGAGCCUGGGCAAGGAGCACCUGUACAAGGUGCUGGUCAUAGGAGAUCUGGGCGUGGGCAAGACGUCCAUCAUCCGGCGCUACGUGCACCACAGCUACUCUACCAACUACCGUGCCACCAUCGGCGUGGACUUCGCGCUCAAGGUGCUGCACUGGGACACGGACACUGUCCGCCUGCAGCUGUGGGACAUCGCCGGUCAGGAACGUUUUGGCAACAUGACGCGUGUCUAUUACCGCGAGGCCAUGGGCGCCUUCAUCGUGUUCGACGUGACGCGGCCCACCACCUUUGAGGCGGUGGUGAAGUGGAAAGAGGACCUGGACUCCAAACUGAUGCUGGCCGACGGCCGCAGCAUCGCCACCGUGCUGCUGGCCAACAAGUGCGACCAGGGCCGCGAGCUGGACAGCAACGGUGUCAAGAUGGAGCAGUUCUGCAAGGACCACGGCUUUGCGGGCUGGUUUGAGACCUCCGCCAGGGACAACCUCAACAUCAACGAGGCGGCCAACUUCCUGGUAAAGCACAUCAUGGCGACCGAGCACGACAUCCUGAGGACGGCCGUGCCCGACACCGUCUCGCCGCGGCUCGACCGGCGCCAAGAGUCCGGCAGCUGCUCGGGCUGCUUCAAGUGAUGCGAGGACGGAACCGAGCAGACGCACCUGGUGGACCGAGAGGACCCAGGAGGGACGGGCAUGAAGGCACCCGAUGACUCGAGGGGUCUUGAGAUGUUCCUUGGCUUAAAUGGGACGUUUGGUGGAGGUGCGACAUCUCUCUCGCAGUCUUCCUCCCAAACUGAGUGUCAAUCGGUGACAUUUUGCACAUCUUUUAUUUUGAAAUCCUCAUUUUAACUUAUUUGCUUAGAACUGACUGCGUGUGUGCGUGCGUGCGUGUGUGUGUGUGUGUGUUCUCCACAUGCUUAACUGUCUGUUUCCAUGGCAACUACAGUACACUCACUGGACACUUCAUUAGGUACAGUACACUGUCUUCUGGCAUCCAGUACUACCUUUUUUAAUGACAUGAAAGGCCAAAAUAUUAGACACAGCCGUCAGUAUGAUACAGUACAGGUGUAAAAGCCCCAUAAUAACAUUAAAAAAUACAGAAGGUACGAUACCUAGCCAAGCAAGCUUGCUAUUGCCGAUACCAAUACUUUGGCAAAGCAAAGCUUUUGAAGAAAUUAAAAAAGAAAACUUACCAAUAUCAAAUUAAACACAAUAAUUGCUCAUUUUAUGGCACAAUAUAUGCUUUUUUAUAUCUGUGGGCAACGCAGAUAGACCAAUUAACUAAGUUUGACAUCAAGUAUCAGACACAUUCAGUGUACACGUCCAACUGUUUCUUUCAAACACACAUCUCCCCCAAAUGUGCUAAAAUAUCAAUAUCGUAUCAGGUGAACCAAUACCAGUAUGGGACCCUUUGGUAUCAAAUUGAUUGGACAAUGAGGUAGUUUUUAAAGGAAAACUGCACUUUUUGGUCAGUUUUGCCCAUCAUCCACAAUCCUUACGUGAGACAUGAACACGUAUGUCUUUCUCUUUUCUGUGUGUUCUAAAGAUAUAAAAACCGACCCCUCAUUAACACACGUAUUGGGAUGCACCUAUUCCUCCUAUAUAACCUUCGGAAAAAAACUUUAAAAAGUGCUAACAAAGCUCAAUUUACAUAACGUUGCCUGCAUAUUAACCAGCAACGUUAUUAUUAUUGUUAUUAACAUUGUUAUACCAAAGAACUACGUUACUAGGCGUAGUGACACCUCGCCACACCACACUGGCUAGCUACUAGCCGGCUAGCGACUAGCUUCACCACACAUUCACUCACAAUGUCCCAGGCCACUCCCGAAAGGUAACGCUACAUACAGCUGCCUCCGCUGCUGCUGUGUUUUUGUUUUUGAGUUUGGUCAAGUGAACGCUUGGUGUAGGUGUUCCUUUCUAUGUUGCUAUGGUAAUGCUUAAAAUGACCAAAAUACAGCAAAAUACUCUAAGUGUUACAUGUUAUCAUGAAUGUACCUGUUACUACAUGAUCACAGCAUGGAUAUAAAACAAUAACACCUAGUUGGAGGUUUUUGGAGGUGUUUUAAUAGCGGGCUUUCUUGGCGGAAUACAGUAGGUGGUUAUGGUUAUGGUUAUGGAUUCAUUUAUUUCGAACAGGCAUACAGUUUACAUUGAAUGUUUCAUGUUACAAUACACAAUUCCACAUGUCCGAAAAGGAGUAAGAAGAAGCAAAGCUUAUUUAAUUCUACCACCUCUUCGUAUCACAUCAAGUGUGUAACGUAUGUUCACUUCCUGUAUUCUGAAUUAUUCAAAGUAUUCUUAUUAUUAUUCGUUUUACUAUCAUCCUUGUUUUUUUCCUUCUUUUUAUUUUCUUAUUUAUUAAAAAAAGAAGUUUUCUUUCCCCUGCUAAUGACUUUCCCGUUGAGCUGUGAAUGCCAUUGAAUGUAGAUACAUUCAUCUUUGCAACAAUGAUAUCAAAAGUCAAAUGUUAUUGAAUGUAACCCUUCUAGUCCUUGCAGUCAUGGUGAUAUGAUGUCAGGUGAUAUGUAUCCAGGUCCUUGAUACUGCAUCUUUGACAACGAGCACUCUUGCUUCUGCUGGUGCUCCAUUUAACUUAAUGUAGAUUUUGCCGUCGGUGCUCCAAGUGCUUCGUAUCUUUCUCUGCUUCCUCAAGUCGCGUGCUUUCUUGGCGAUGUCAGUGUUGCGUUUUGUCAGCUGCACAUUCACGUAGACGUUCGUACCUUUCAGCUUCUUUCCCUGUUUCAGCAGUGCACUUUUGAAUUUGCUGUUGGUGAACGUAACGAUGAUGACAGGUGUGGUGUUCUUGCUGCCAUAUGGUGAGAUGGAAGUGUUGAUGGUGUUGAUACCUACAGUAUCAUCCAUUCCCUCUGGUUCUCCUCUGUUAUGAACUGCCCUGUCUUUUGACCUGGGUGUAAUUCGGAGCCCUGUGAUGAUCCCUGCAUUCAUUCGCUCAUUCUGAUCCAGCUCAUGAGUUGGAUUUUUCAUUUGCUCAAUGAUAUUUUCCUUUGCUUCCUUCUCUUCCUCAAGAGUGGUGCGCAAGGCAGCGUUACCCACCAACAGAGCCUUGAUAUCAUCCUGUAGAACAUUGAUAUCAUUGCAUAAUGCUCUUUUUCCUUCCAUGGGGUUUUUUAACUUCCUUAAGUGCAGCAUUCAAGGCAGCAUUAUCCACCAACAGAGCCUUGAUAUCAUCCUGUAGAACAUUGAUAUCAUUGCAUAAUGCUCUUUUUCCUUCCAUGGGGUUUUUUAACUUCCUUAAGUGCAGCAUGCAAGGCAGCAUUAUCCACCAACAGAGCCUUGAUAUCAUCCUGUAGAACAUUGAUAUCAUUGUAUAAUGCUCUUUUUUUCUUCCAUGAGGUUUUUAACUUCCUUCAGUGCAGCACGCAAGGCAGCAUUGUCUUCCAACAAUACCUUGAUAUCAUCCCACAGAACCUUGAUAUCAUUGCAUAAUGCUGUAUUUGUUACGUUCCCUGAGGGGGUUAGGACCCCAGAUGCAGAGGCGGAGAGCUUGGAGUACAAUUGAGUCCUUUAAUGGCACUGCGUGGCAAAAAUUUAAGAACAAAAAGCGAUGGUGUAGCAUAAAACAGGAAAUGAAAGGGACACCAUUGAAAAACCUAAUCUAGCUAGGAACAGCUGGAGAACAAGAGAAAGGCUGGGCUGAGCUAAGGGCGAUAUACCCAAAAUAGGAAAAAGCGAUCCAAUGCUAUGAGGCAAGUCCACAUGCGUGUAGCGAGUUGGAGUUCGGACAAAGAACCAGCGUCCUCCGGCUGUAGGCAGUCAGUUUAAGUAGAGGGAGCAAUUAGCCACAGGUGUGCCCAGCCUUCCCGUCUCCAGCCUGCUCUUGAGUGGCUGCAACACAGAGAGGAAACAGGCCAGGAGAAGGCAGAAGUAGCAAAUAACAUAAGUAGGCCCUAAAGGCCAGGAGCGAACGUGACAGUAUUUUCUUCCAUGGGGUUUUAACUUUGUCAAGAGCAGCGCACAAGGCAGCGUUGUCUUCCAACAAUGCCUUGAUAUCAUCCUGUAGAACCUUGAUAUCGUUGCAUAAUGCUGUAUUUUCUUCCAUGUGGUUUUUAACCUUCUUAAGAGCAGUGCACAAGCCAGCGUUUUCAUUUUGCAACUCCUCGAUUUCUUCUAUUAGUGCUUUGGUUGUUCUGUGAACUUAAUGUUGAAUAUGUGUUCAUGCUACAGUACGCUCUUGUAUCUCAUUCAUCUCCUUCUCAUCCGACAGCCAGACUGGCCCUAAUUCAAAUUUUUCUGUAUUUCAAGGGCCAGUAUCGUUUCUCUUUGUGGUUGGCAUUGUUGCAAGUUCUUUGAACUUCAGCAGUUAGCCGUUUAAACUUGACUUGCUAGCAGCUAUUCGCACAUUGAAGGAAUUUGUACUUCUCGCCUAUCCGAGUUGAAGUUUUUUUCAAGGGCAAAUUAAUCACGCAUUAAUCGGUUUAUUCCAAAUCAAUUGUUGAUGUGCGUAAAUGCAACACUGUCCAAGGCCAUCUGGCUCAAAAUGUUGUAUGUAUCAUCUAAAUUUGUCUUUAUUUAUUGCACACUUGCAUAAACAAACCACACACUACCUUACAUGCUCCGGGCUCACGUGCACACUACUGCAGUUCAGGCCAACGGGCUCCUCAACAAGUUCAACCUUGUGGCUUUUAUUAGCAAGUCAAAUGUGUCUUCAGGCUGAUCCUGGACCUGCAGGAUCUCAUUAGGAGCCUGACUCAUGACUCUGUUUGAAUAAAAAUGUGGCCAAAGGAUGCAUUAACCAGCUUAAACGUCCCGAAUUCUUCCAUCUUGAGAGGGAUUUGGAGUCCAAAAGAUGAGAAUCACACGCUCCGGCACUCUUGAAGUCCUUUACCUCAUUAGAACACUUGUGUGACAUAAAGUCUGAGUGGAUUCGUCGUAAGAGCUUUCUUUUCAUUCGUCCUGUGUCUCCCUCUCUUGGCAGUUAAGUCGCACU